UAAUUCCCAGAGGUCUGUACAACUUUCAGCUUGUGAAAAAUUGUCUCGUACUGUAGCUAACAGGAUUUGCUUUCAUGGAUUUCCAGAACUGUCCCAACGAGGGAGGCGUGGCUUAUACCCCUGUCACUCCCAUUUAAGGGGGCUGAAGGAAGUAGGGCCUCUGAGCCUGUCAAUCCUGGUAAUCGUGGUGUGGCCUUUGUACCAUUUAGUACAAGUGAAGGAAGCUUGGCCUCUUUGUGCCUGUCUGUCCAAUUGAAAGGCAUGUGGCAUCUGUGUCUCUCCAUCCUAGUGUGGCCUCUGUACCUGUUCGUUUCAGUGAAGGGUGUGUGACCUCUUGGUGCAUGUCAGUCCUGGUGAAGGAGGCAUGAAUUAUGAGCCUCUUAGUAAAGGAAGUGUGGCCUCUGUGCUUGUUGGUCCCAAUGAAGGAAGUAUGGCCUCUGUGCUUGUUAGUCCCAAUGAAGGAAGUAUGGCCUCUGUGCUUGUUAGUCCCAAUGAAGGAAGUAUGGCCUCUGUGCUUGUUGGUCCCAAUGAAGAAAGUGUGGCCUCCGUGCUUGUCAGUCCCAAUGAAGGAGGCGUGGCCUCUGUGUUUGUCAGUCCCAAUGAAGGAAGUAUGGCCUCUGUGCUUGUUAGUCCCAAUGAAGGAGGUAUGGCCUCUGUGCUUGUUAGUCCCAAUAAAGAAAGUGUGGCCUCCGUGCUUGUCAGUCCCAAUGAAGGAGGCAUGGCCUCUGUGUUUGUCAGUCCCAAUGAAGGAAGUAUGGCCUCUGUGCUUGUUAGUCCCAAUGAAGGAAGUAUGGCUUCUGUGCUUGUUAGUCCCAAUGAAGGAAGUAUGGCCUCUGUGCUUGUUAGUCCCAAUGAAGGAAGUAUGGCAUCUGUGCUUGACAGUCCCAAUGAAGGAAGUGUGGCCUUUGUGCUUGUCAGUCCCAAUGAAGAAAGUGUGGCCUCCAUGCUUGUCAGUUCCAAUAAAGGAGGAGUGGCCUCUGUGUUUGUCAGUCCCAAUGAAGGAGGCGUGGACGCUGUGCUUGUCGUUCCCAACGAAGAAGGCAUGGACUCUGUGCUUGUUGGUCCCAAUGAAGGAAGUGUGGCUUCUGUGCAUGUUAGUCCCAAUGAAGGAGGCAUGGCCUCUGUGUUUGUUGGUCCCUAUGAAGGAAGUGUGGCCUGUGUGCGUGUUAGUCCCAAUGAAGGAGGCAUGGCCUCUGUGUUUGUUGGUCCCAGUGAAGGAGGUGUGGCCUCUGUGCUUGUUGGUCCCAAUGAAGGAGGCAUGGCCUCUGUGCUUUUCAGUCCCAUUGCCGGAGGCGUGGCAUCUGUGCUUGUCAGUUCCAUUGGAGGAGGUGUGGCCUCUGUGCUUGUCAGUCCCAUAUAAGGAAGUGUGGCCUCUGUGCUUGUCAGUCCCAAUGAAGGAGGCAUGGCCUUUGUGUCUGUUGGUCCCAAUGAAGGAAGUGUGGCCUCUGUGCUUAGUCCGAAUGAAGGAGGUGUGACCUCUGUGCUUGUUGGUCCCAAUGAAGGAGGUGUGGCCUCUGUGCUUGUCAGUCCCAAUGAAAGAGGUGUGGCCUCUGUACUUGUCAGCCCUAAUAAAGGAAGUGUGUCCUCUGUGUCUGUCAACCACAGCGAAGGAGGUGUGGCCUCUGUUCCAGUCAGUCUCAGGAAAUACUGUGGUGUCUUCACACUAAUAUCACUAACAGUGGUUAUUUUAAGAAAUAUCAGCUGCUAUGUUCAUGUCAUCAGUUUCUGUCAAGUCCAAACCCGGCAGCUCUGUGCUGUCAGAUUUGCUUGGAUGUCUUGGCAUGAGUUAGCUGCUGUAGCUUGAGGGCUGUUAGGAUUGGAGUAAAUCCUGUGUAAUUGUCCCCAGCAGCUAUGUGUGUAGCAUCACUGCAUGAGCUAAUGCUGUUACAGAAGAACUGUCACAGACUUUUCCUUACCCCCAUGUUUCCUUCCCCCAUGCUCCCUCGCUGACUUCCCUCACAACUAGAAAGUGCAUAUGGUCUGUAGCACACUUUUCCAUUUAUGACAUAAGUGGAGUAGCAUGUAGUGGGGAGUCUGUUUUUUUUUUUGUUUUUUUUUCUCAAAAGAGUAAUUUCCAUCAGACUGUUCAAAACUGUAUUAGCUAACUAGCUAGCCUGCUAAUUAGCUAGCAGAGUAACAAAACGGUUCACAGUUGCAGAGAAUAACAUUUGAAUAUUUGAAGAAAUCAAUGUAUAUAUUUUAAAUAUUAUAGACUUAACAUCUUCAGCCAACAUUUUCUUUAAAGAAAACUGCAUGCUAAAGCAGCAAGUUGUGCUCCUAAAGUCUACAGUGUUGUUGACUCAAUACCCCAUCUAAUAAACACUUGAUCUGAUAAACUAAUAGAGUGGCACAAAGUACAUUAAUAUACAGAUAUAAUCUCUGACAUGAGUUUGUUCAUAUAUUGUCCAGCUUUACUCAAAGAAUCGUCAGUUAGCUAGUUAAUUUACUUUACAGAUAUUAGUUAGCUAUGUUAGCUUACUAGAUUAGACCAUUUGUAAAGCGACUCAGUUGUUAUGGGGGAAAAGUCAUUGUUAUGGAAAUAUCCACAGCUGUAGACUAAAUAAAAUGCAUCUCUGACACAUAGUAAGGGAAGCAGAAAGGAAAACCAAAAACUGAUUUGCUUGAGUGUAAUUCUAU